GAGACAGGGAGACAGAGACGCCGGUGGAGCACGUGUGUGUGAGCAGUUUCUCCCAUGUUGCGUCGCUGUCAGUGUCUCACUCCUCUCACUCCUCACUCUCCUCCUCCUCCUGACCUGAACUCCUCUUUAUGUCCCGUUCUUUUUAAGUGAGCGGGGCUUUAAACCCGGGGAGUGACACCGUCCACGGACACGGACGGAGGCCACAACCAGAAAGUGUCACCCUGAUCUGAUCUGGUCUGGUCUGGUCUGGUCUUAACACCAUUUCUGGACUGUAAUGAAAUCUGUGCCACUGAAGAAAUGCGGCGUCAUCAGAGGAGGAAGAACGUUGUCUUAGCCGUGAUCCUUCUCGUUGGAGGAUUAUACUUAAUUAUUCACUCAAAUUUCUCCUUAACAGGCUCCACGGGGUCACGUGAAAACAGUUCAACUCCGUUAUCUUGGCACACGGGGAGGAUGGUCAACAAGGAGUCCUGGGUUGCACAGGGAGAUUACCUGCCUCUCAAUGUGUCCUAUCAGCUGCUUGCUGGAGCGCCAUCUUUGCAGCAGAGGUUUUUAUGUAUCGGGUUGUCAACGGUGAAGAGGAAGAAGGGCAGCUACCUCAUCCCCACCCUGCAGUCCCUCUUCUCCCAGUCGUCCCCCGACGAGCGCUCCUCCAUGGUGGUGGCGGUGCUGCUGGCAGACUUUGACGUCGCCUGGAGGGUCACCACGGUGACGGAGAUCAAAAGUGUGUUUGCCUCAGAGCUGGAACAAGGCCAGCUGGUGGUCCUCCAUGUUCCUCAGGACUGGUAUCCUCCUCUUACAGGUCUAAAGAGGAACUACAACGAUCCUUCUGACAGGGUUUCGUUUCGCUCCAAGCAGAACCUGGAUUACUCCUUUCUGAUCCACUACAGUGCCAGUCUUGGCAAGUACUACCUGCAGCUGGAGGACGACGUCUUGUCUGCCAAACACUUCCUCACCUCCAUCAGGAAACACGUUGGUGAGCAAGAGGCCAAGAAAGACACUUGGGCAAUGCUGGAAUUCUCUGAACUGGGCUACAUUGGAAAGCUCUACAAGUCCGGGGACCUCCCUCUGCUGAGCCGCUUCCUCUUCCUCUUCUACCAGGAAAUGCCCUGCGAUUGGCUGAUGUCUCACUUUCGAGAACUGCUGACUCAGAGGAAGCCGAUCGACUUCAAACCCUCACUGUUCCAACACAUGGGCACUUUCUCCUCUUUUGGCGGGACGUACAACAAGCUCAAGGACCAGUACUUUGAGGAGGGUUUGUAUAGCAACCCAAAGGCUGAGGUCUUCUCUGACAUGUCCACCUACCAGAAACACAUACCCAAACUGGCCUGGGACUUAGGGGAAACAUUCUUCUGGGGACGCGUCCCAGCAGCAGGAAAUUACCUGACUGUGGUGUUCGCCGAGCCCGCGGUGGUGACGGGGAUUCUGAUAGAAACGGGGUUGGACAAGAAAGACCUCCUGGUUUCAGCGCAGGUGGACAUAGGCCAUGAAGUGGUCACCACUGAGAACGGGGAGAAGAGCUGCAAGGAGUUCCAGUCAGUGGGAACUUUAAAGGACGGGAGGUUCAAUAUUAAAGAGAUGGACAAAAAAUACAGCUCAGCCUCUUCCUGUUUGAGGAUAAAAAUCACGGCUGGACAGACGGACUGGGUCAUUAUCAAGAAAAUCAGGGUUACAACAAAGCAGAGCACGGAAUAGAAUAGAUUAUUCAUUUUCAUUGUGCAAUCCAGAUAGCUGCUUAAAAACAUCAACAAUAAUAAAUAAGAAUAAAUGAGGGGGAGAGGUCCAUCUCCAGUGCCAAUGCUAUUAAAGAAGAGCUUCCUAUUCCCACCAGAUUCAUUUAUUUUUACUUUUUUCUCCUAGAAAUGGGCUAUAACUAAGGGCUAUUUUCAUUAUUGAUGAUAUUGAUUUUUUUUUGUAUUCACUGAUGUGUGUGAUUUUUUUUAGUCCACAAAAUGUCCUCAAAAGUCUCUUGUUUUAUCAACAAACCAAAUCUAUUCAGUUUACUGUCAUAGAAGAGCAAGGAACGCAGAGUCUAUCGCCAUUUCAAGGCAUAUAAUGUAAAAUGUAAUAUAUGUAAUUUCACUCAAACUUAUUUUAACACUGAA